AUGGCUUGUAACCUUGUUUUGAGUCUCGUACGAGGUAAGUCGGCUGGAGCUUUCGGACUAUUUGCCUACGGAGGCGAACCGGACGCUGAAGGACUUUCAGGCGAAUUGGAUCCGGUUCAACGAGUUGGGCGCCAACCAGACAAAGACUCCCAAACCAGACUCCGUGAAGAUAUCAGGGACGCACAACGUGAAGAUGGCAUGCAUGCAUACCUCCUGAGCUCGACAACUUUUCUCUUGGGAUGCAUCUCGGAGUCGUCUCGUCUGAAACCGCUUGCGGCAUUCUCUGUGCCGCAAUCCGGUCCCAUUAAUAGAGUAUUAGAGGGAUACCCCGUUCCAGCGGGGACGAAUUACGUCGUCGACACCUACGCAUUUAAUAUAAGAAAUGAGUUCUGGGGCCCCUAUGCCAAGGAAUAUCGUCCUUCGCGGUUUCUGGAGGUGAAUGGCACUAAGGUGCGGUACAACUUCUGGCGGUUCGGCUUUAGGCCGCGGCAGUGUAUGGGGAAGUAA